AUGGCAGUUCGAACUAGAUUAACUUAUAAUACAUGUAAAGUACUUACAACGGAAGAAGAAGUAAAUAAAAACUUAUCAGAACAUGAUUUAGUCUUACUUUUAUUCAAUAAAAAUAGUUCUUCGAAUGAAAAUGAUAUAGAACAAAAAUUUAAUUUAUGGAGAAUUAACUAUGAACGUACAUAUGAGCUUCUUGUUUUUAAAUGUGUCAAAUCUAAAAUUAAAAAUCCAUUAAUUACCACAUAUAACAUUAUAAACGUGCCGACAUUUAUUUUAUUUCAUAAACAACAAGAAGUUGCUCGUCUAGAAGAUGCUGAAAAUAUUCAAUCCGAUGUUAUUUCAACUUUAACUGCUGAUGAACAAUUAGAAACUAAAGAUGCAGAACAACAAUUAAAACUUUGGCUUGAUAAAAAUUGUGAAAAAUACGCAAAAAAAGAUAAUGAAAACAAUGAUCGAAAACCCAACUAA